AACCCCACCCCCUCCCGUCCUCGCCCAACGCAUCCCCGUCUCAAACAUCACCCUUCCCUUCUCUUCUUCGUCUCCAACCCCUCUCAUUACUACCUCAUGGGCUUCCCUCUAACCUGUUACUAUGUCGCCGUGCCAGAACCACUAAUCCUGCUGCUAAAAUUCCUCGACCACAUCCGAUUCGCCAUCUCCUUAAUCCUCUUCUACCUAGGCCUGUACCCAUCCUCCCUUCCUCCCACUCGAUACAGAGAUCCUGAGUUCCAUCCCACACCGGCUUCGGAUGCUCCAUGGCCGGUGACCUCCAUAUCGAUCAAGGCUCAGCUGCCGACGGUGGAAUUCGCGAGCUUUAUGGAGAGAUCGGGGGGGCGAUGGGAACAUGGCAGGGAAUUCGUGUGCGUGGUUUGCUUGGAGAAUUUGGCGGCCGGGGAUGAGGUUAGAGAGCUGGGCAACUGCCGGCAUGCGUUCCACAAAGGGUGCAUCGACCGAUGGGUGGACGUGGGCCAGGUGACCUGCCCGCUGUGCAGGGCCCAGCUGCUGCCGUGCAAGGGAAGGGAGGAUGGGGGUUGGCUGCUUAAUUUUUGGGCAAGGAUUUGGUGAAGGGCCAUGGCUUGGGACCAUGGCAAUUAACUAGGCUUUGUUAAGUUUGGAUGGGGAAGUCGAUCUAGGCAUUGGGCUUGCUUUAAUCCGGAAGGGAACUCAAAUUUAAGUUGUCACACAGGAGGCCAAUAAGGACGCCUGACCUGUUCAGUUAGGAGGAAGUCCUCUCAAUGUUUAGGUGGUGGAUACUUGUCAAUUAUUAUUAUUAUGUUUGCAUGUAUGAUUUAAGAAAAGAUUUGUAUUGUAUCAUGAUAAUUACUUGUUAGAUGUGUAUUCAAGUAUACAAUCUUUUGAAGGCAAAUUUCAAAUUGAA